AGCAUACUGAUUGGAUUUGCAUUGUUUUAUCUUGGAUAUUAUUAAUUCAUUAAUUCAUAGAAUAGUUUUUGCCAUCAAGCAGUAUAUCUUAACUAUGGCUGAAAACUCCGUUGGAUCAUCUCUGGCAAACAAUUGUGCUGAUUCGACUGAUAGUGUAGUUAGUUCUAUUUUAGCUCCUGUGACUAAAGAGUUACCGGGCAAUCACGAGAAAGAAAUUCGACGUCUUCAGUUUGAAUUAGAUGAAGCAAGAAGUCUUGCAGCUGUUGCAAAUUAUUCUUUAGAAGAAUCAAUAGAAACUGAAAGGAGAAAAUGUCAAGAAGAGGUAGCAACACUGCAGCAGUUGAUGAAAGAAAAUAUUCAAGAGGCUGUUCGUCAGACCCAGGAAAAUAGUGAUGCAGAAAUUAGACGACUUAAAAAUAUAGUCACUCGCCUAGAAUUAGAAGUUCAUGACUUACGUAGUUCUUCAGACAGAGACAAUCCAAAUGUCUUUUCUGCAGUCACAAAAACCCUUGCUCGUAAAGUGGGUAAUCUUACCAAUCCUAAUAUAUUAGCAUCACAAACACCAGCCCCUGUUCCUCUUGUUGCUACUGCAUCAACUGAUUCAGCUGGAGAUGACUAUCUAGAGCAGAGUAUGAAGAGAGCUCAAGAAGAUGUGGAAGUUUUACGUUCACUGGUACUCCCACUAGAAGAAGAAAUUAAGGCGCUGAAGGAUAAGUUAAGAUACACUGAUGAACAACUAAGAGUUUAUGAGAGCAAUCAGGCUGAACUGGUUCGAGGUUCUCAAUUACUGGAUAAAAUCGUAGAAGAUGAAUCAUUGGAAUCCGCCAUAACUGAUCUAAUAUCUAGAACUGGCAUGAACACGGAGGAUUCAUUACCCCAUCGAGACUUCGGACUAUUUCUUGCGAUUGUGAAUGCUCAGCGAGCGACUCUUCAGGAAGAACGUGAACGUUUGAGAUCCCAGAUGCAAGAGGCUUGCCAGUUGCUCGAACAGGAACGCCGCCAACAUCGGGAAUUACGCCGUUCAUUGCAGAAAAAUAAUUUACACCCUACAUCUCAAAACGUAACUGAUUCCAGCAAAGACAGUUCAAAGGGCUUCCCAAUCAAGGACAGAAUUGGACCAUUGAUAAGCCGCAUCUCCCCUGUUCUCAAAAGAAAAUCUUCUGCGCAAUCUCCUUCCAAAGACAUUUCAGCAGACUCUUACGUCCUUGAUCCCGCCACAUUCGGCACACCGGAAAUGGUUACAAGGCAAAUGACUAAGGAAGAUCUUGAAAACAUGUCUUCGUGCAGUGUUGAUAGCAAUUUAAUCUCAAGCGAGGGGAACUCUGCGCGUAUUGAAGACGGAAACCAGAAUACGCGAUUUAAAGAACUUGAAGCUGAUUUCCAACAAAUGCAAGAAGAAAAAGUCCAAUUGGACAAGCAGUUAACUAAAGCUCGAGAAGAAGCCCGAAUGUUGUCCGAUCUUAUAAAAGACAUGGAGCAUAAAUGGACGGAAGUAGCCAAGGAUUAUGAAAAACAAGUGGAUUUGCUUUAUGGCAAUAUUGAAGAUGUUCAGAGCCAGCUAAAGAGUGUUACGUCCGCUUUCAAGAAGUUCCGCAAUCAAGCCCAAGAAACAUUACGGCAGCUACAAUUUGACCGACAAUCGGUCAGCACUGAAUUAGUCAGGUUGCAAGAAGAAAACGAUUUCCUUGUUGGUAAGCAUAGCCUUCAUGCCGAACAACUACAGAAUGAGAUGAUUAAUCUACCCGACAAUUUGCAAGAAUUGCAAUACGUUUGUCUGAACCUUAGGGAAGAUUUCAUUGCAGCUAAAGUGGCAAAAGAAGCUCUGGAGAGAAAAUGGCAAAUGGAAACUUUAGUUCUAAAGAAUCAGUUACUUAGUGAGCAGCAAUCUAAGGAAACUUUGGAAAAUUCCCUUACGGGUGAAAUUGAUUACCUGAGGGAACAGUUGGGAAUGAUGCGCAGUGUUCAAACGCAACUUGACGAAGAGAGUAGUCGAAAAGCCUCGCUGGAGGCAGCCCUGCUACAGGCUAAAGAGCAGCUAGCUGAUAUCAAAGAUCGUGCUUCCGAAUCUAUUUCUUCAAAGGCCAAAAUGGAACAUGAAAAUCAACAACUGAAAAAUCGCGUCAGCGCCCUCCAAGCAGACCUAGAAACAUCAGAAGCCGUUCAGCGGGAUUUUGUACAGCUCUCCCAGCAAUUACAAGUCCAACUGGAAAAAAUUCGUCAAUCAGAGAAGGAACUUCGAUGGCAAUACGAAGAGGACAUAGAUCAGUGUGCUGAGUGCCGGCAAGCAUUUGGAGUCGCUAAAAGAAAACAUCAUUGCCGUCACUGCUGCCAGAUCUUUUGCGGCGAUUGCUUGCGUAAGACUGUCACGAGUGGACCGAACAAGAGGCAAUCCCGAGUCUGUAACGUAUGCUUUUAUCUCUUGGUACAAGAGAGUGCUCCUUUUUUUAGCUCAGAGCCUAAGCCAUCUAACUGAUAAUCAUAACAUGCCAAUUCCCUAAUUA